AUGAAUGUCGUGCAUUGCUGGGCACUGGGUCAAUCAUCUUCAUCAUCUGCCUCCAGCAUGGAGCAGCCAUCUCCACCUGGGUGGACAACAACGGCAAUCGAGCUGACUACAGUCACCAGCAAUUGCGGCGGUGAGAGGGAAGAGAUGGCUGCGACACGCUACCUCAGUGCUGAAGCCGUGGCUCUCCAGCAGGGCUGCUUCAAAAAGCGGACCCAACAGGGGCAGCAACAACCACCACGGAUCUCCCAGCAACCCGCAGCAGUGCAGAACAUCCCGCAGUGGCCCAACGCAACAAAGCGGAACCAAGGGCAGGCGGUGGUGGUGGCACUUCAGGUGACAGCUGGCAGUGAGGUAGAACUCCGCACCGUAGACCAGCAGCUGAGCGAUCCUGUGCUGGCCUGGGAGAGGGGAUGGCUGAGCAUGGGAUGGUGGCUGAGGUGGUGGGAGGUCUCGGCCCCGGAUCCAGAGACCAGUGGGGCACGCGGGAUGUGCGCGACGGGCUGCUGUUCUGGUGGUGGCAGUUUCUCGAUGGCAACAGACAUCUCUUGCAGCUGGCUGUCUCUUGGAGAGCUGCAGUCAGUGCAUGGGCUGGUGGCGGCCAGACAUUUCAGGGUGACAAAGACAUCGGGCAGGCUGCAUGAACGCUUCUAUUGGUCUGGGUUUACUGAGGAUGAUUUUAUUAAACUGUUCAAGCAACUUCAGGAUUGCAAAUGGGUGAAGAACAUAGAAGAACAGAAGAAUUUGAGGUCACAGCUGCAAAAGUGCUGCAAUGCAAGUCAAAAUUUUAUUGUCACUCAGGACAAUUCACCAUUGGGAACAAAUAUCAGUUAUAGUGCAGAACCUCGAAGAAUUUUUAGAAUUACAGAAGAUGUUGUCAAUCUACUUCCUAAGACAGUACCAUUUAAAAAACUAAAGCACUGCUCUGUUGUUGGAAAUGCUGGAAUUUUAGCGAACAGCAGUUGUGGAACUGAAAUAGAUCGGGCUGACUUUGUAUUCAGGUGUAAUCUGCCUCCUCUUGUUGAUUAUAAGGAUGAUGUGGGUACUAAAACGGAUAUUGUGACUUCCAAUCCAUCUAUCAUUAUAAAAAGGUUUAAAAGUCUUAAUUUAAGAAGAAAACCAUUUAUGGACCAUAUAUCUACAUAUGAAGAUGCAUUUAUUCUGUUGCCUGCAUUUUCUUUUUCAUUCUGUACUUCAACUUCAUUUAAAGUUUUAUACACUCUGCAAGAUUUUGGAACGAAACAACAGGCAGUGUUUUUAAAUCCUUCGUAUAUGAAAUCCAUCAGUAAAUUCUGGAAAGAUAACGGUGUAAACGAGGGUUUUCUUUCCAGUGGUUUGAUAAUAUUAAGUGCAGCAUUGGACAUGUGUGAGGAAGUUCGGUUGUAUGGAUUUUGGCCCUUCACCAAGGACAUGAAUGGAAACCAAUUCUUCCAUCAUUACUACGACAACGUGUUGCCAUCAAGAGCUCACAAAAUGCCUGCCGAGUUCUACAAACUAAUGCAGCUUCACAUGAAAGGCAUUGUGAAACUGCGAGCUGGUAGCUGUGAAAACGUAAGAAAUUGA